GCAGACUUCACAGAAGCUCUCUAGCUUUAUCCCCGUUAUACUAAUCCGCUGGAGGUUUUAUCAGUAUAAGGGGGAGUCUGCAUGGGAGGAAUUGCCUGACGGCGACAAUUACAUAUGGAAAAUUGGAUUUAAACUUCAUUGAAAGAUUCAGGAAACACAUUGUACAGUUUCAAAGGCGCGGUGAAUGACUACACGGGAACAGAUAAAAGGACGGAGCACAGAUUUAUCAGCAGACAUCAGCGGCGCUGGAAUAUAAACAUGGAUGACGGGCAGCGGCGCUGUCUUUGAGGAAUUAAGGCCGAACCUGUUUUUGUUUGUUUUCUUUUGUGCACGCCGCAUGAUUUUGAAGCUACGUUUAUGUUUUUGCUUUUAAGGCGUGACGUGCCCUUUUCUGAUCAGCUUGUGGAGAAAGUUGUUGGGAUGGCUCCUGGGUCUCUAGCCACAAUGGCCCCUGCUGGACCCAACAUCUCCUGGUUUCCAGAGGCUCCUCUGCUCACUCUAGAGCAGCCCAUCUUCCUCAUGACGACCACAGCACAGGCAGUGUCAGGCUUCUUUGUGUGGACAGCACUUCUACUCACCUGCCACCAGAUCUACAUGCAUCUGCGUUACUACAGCUCUCCCAAGGAGCAGAGGCACAUAGUACGCAUCCUUUUCAUCGUACCCAUCUAUGCCUUUGACUCCUGGCUCAGCCUUCUCUUCUUUACCAACGACCAGUACUAUGUUUACUUUGACACAGUCAGGGACUGUUAUGAGGCGUUUGUGAUCUAUAACUUCUUGAGCCUCUGUUAUGAAUACCUUGGAGGUGAGAGUGCUAUCAUGGCUGAGAUCAGAGGAAAACCCAUUGAGUCCAGCUGUAUAUAUGGAACGUGCUGUCUGUGGGGCAAGACCUACUCUAUCGGCUUCCUUAGAUUCUGCAAACAGGCCACUUUACAAUUCUGUGUUGUAAAACCUCUAAUGGCGAUGAUCACCGUCAUCCUGCAGGCCUUUGGGAAAUAUCGGGAUGGGGAUUUCAAUGUUGCUAGCGGUUACCUUUAUGCGACCAUCAUUUAUAACAUCUCUGUCAGCUUGUCCCUCUACGCCCUCUUCCUGUUCUACUUCGCUACCCGAGACCUCCUCAGCCCGUACAGGCCCAUGCUCAAGUUCUUCAUGGUCAAAUCUGUCAUCUUCCUCUCCUUCUGGCAAGGCAUGCUACUGGCCAUUCUGGAGAAGUGUGGUGCAAUUCCUCAGAUCAGCUCUCCUGAGGUUUCUGUUGGCGAGGGAACCGUUGCAGCCGGCUACCAGAACUUCAUCAUUUGCAUUGAGAUGUUCUUUGCCGCCUUGGCUCUGCGACAUGCAUUCACAUACAAAGUCUACAUGGACAAGAGACUGGAUUCCCUUGGCCCUGUUCCUACAUAUGGACAGUACGGUCAUUGUGCCCCCAUGAAGAGCAUCUCCAGCAGCUUGAAGGAAACCAUGAACCCUGGAGACAUGGUUCAGGAUGCCAUCCACAACUUCUCCCCAGCGUACCAACAGUACACACAGCAGUCCACCCUGGAGCAAGGAGUCACUGCACCACCAAUCUCUCGCAAUCACAGCUCAGUGAGCUCCCGGGACAAUGAGAAAACCCUACUGCUUAGCUCUGAUGAUGAGUUUUAAUGUACUCCUCUUUGAAACACUUUGUCCUAAGUAAAGGUACUCAAUAAGGGACCGUUUAUUGCUGUUCUAGUGUAAUGAUGUUAUGUUAACACAGGGACAAGUUAUUAAAGGACCAUCUAAAGCAAGUAGUUUAUGAAUCCUAGUGUGUCCUAGUGCAUUAGAAUACGGAAAUGAAGCUGCUUAUGCUUAGUAGUAACAUGCCAAAACAGACUUAAACUAUUUUGCUGCGCUUUGUCUGAUAAUGUUUAUACACAGAGUUAAAUAAUAAUAAUACUCUCAUCUAUACUUUGAAUUUUUAGCCAAAACAUCCUAUGUGGUCUGACAUUUUCAGAAUUUGAAUUGUAUUUUUUAUGCUUUUUGUUUUACAUAGGGGGUGCUUGAGCAUCCCAUCAUAUUUAUAAAGAGCAUUGUAUUUGAGGCCCCCUGUUCAACAGGGAUUUGGCCAAGUUACUUUCCUUUUGUUUUUGAUUUACACGUUUUUGCAUUUCAACAGUGUUUAUAGCUUCCCCAGUGAUUUAACUGUGGUUGUGAAAUAAGAGAGUCUAGUGUCGGAAAGGGGGUGCCAGCUGUAACAUGCUGCCGUUGUUUUGAUCAAUGAAUCAAGGGACAGUGCAGGAGUGGCAGAUAGCCGAGGAGAAGUUGAUGGUCCAUGAUAAGAUUACAGAUUAAGAGAAAGCUGCUCUAGGCUUGGAUAGGAGUUAGCAGUGUUCAGAUGUCUGGAUUGUAAGGCUGUAAUUGGGGCAUUACUUGUCUGGUGCAGAUUAGCACAGGCUUUCAUCAAAGUGUGGCCGCCCUAGACCACUGCAGUAAAGCCACUAUCUAGCUUAGCGGUUUAAAAAAUACAUUUUGGUUAUGCUCCUGGAGUAUGGUAGCUUUGGCUUCUCUCUUCCUCAAGCUUUUCACAGAGAACAUCUCUUCAAAAUAAUUGCAUUAUAGCACAGUAAAAUGCCAUUUGGUUUUAUCUGUGUCAAUUUGUGGCCAACUGAGAAUGAGGAAAAUGUAUGAUUUCAAUGUCUGAAAGCUGCUUAAAAUGGGCACCAUUUCUAGAUAUCCCACUAGAGGGAAGCACAUCUCAAAGUUCACUUACAUUCACUUUUUCCUUAUCUUUAUGGGACAUGCCCAUUACCAUUGACCCUUUGAGAGCCACACCAAAGUCUCUCCCAUUGUUCAGAAGCAUUCACCUUCACACUUUAACUCUUCAGAUAGCACUAAGCCCUCAAUAACAAAGCUUGAUACUUGUGGGUUGUUAGAUAACAUUUCUGGAGUUACAUAUUAACUGCCUACCUAUUCUUUUAUUGGAACAAUAUAUAGGCCAGUAUAAAACAAAGCGGCUGGAACAAAGUAUGAGUAAGUAUGGUACCUGCUUAUAGAGGGCUAGCGGUUUGCAGUGCAUUCUUUAUACAGGGAGGAUGACUUAAUAUAGACGUUAUUGUAAUUUUACAUUUUUGUAUAUGUAGUGGAAAUCAAAAUAUCCUAGUUGGCAAGCUAUCUCGAUAUUGUGACGUUUAUUCAGAGAGUUACGCCUAAAGUGAUUUGAAAUAGUAAUUUAAAAGACAGGAAAUGCUGUUACACUUGAAAUAAAAUAUUUUGUUCAACGCUAAGAUGUUGAGACAUUUGUACUGUCAUGUUAUUUUCAAAUGAGCAUAAUGAAUUACUAUAUCAAAGAUCGUGCUUCUAUUUUUUCCCUUUUAUGCUCUGACAAAUACCUAGGAAACAAUAAAGAAU